GCGCGCGUUCUUCUUUCGCGGAAUCUUUUCGCCCGUUUAUACACGCGUACACAAACAUUCGUCUUAAAGUGAAUACCCUGCGCGGUGUUCCUGCCAUUAUUUGUUGUUGUUUUUUUUCCAUGAACCACUCAACUAGCACGCACUCUAGGCCUUUGAGCAGUAUUUCACGUAUUUUCGUGAUGAAAACGAAAAAAAUUUAGUCUCGUCGAAACGUCGCCGCAGUUUCAAUAUUUCAAUGAAAUUCCGCUGUACUUCCGGUUUAAUAGCUCGUUAUAACGCUACUAUUCCCGCUUGGAUUCGUUAUCGAUGGAAUGAUCUAUACGCGUGACAUCGCAUCGUAAUUGUGUAGCGUACACACACGUAUAUAUACACACGUAUUUCUUCGAAGAUAAAACGACGAUUAUUGUGACAGUUACACUGUGACGAAUCCGGGGAGGCACACUUUUCAGGGAUUGAGUUUUAUCUCCUUCUCUGUCUCUUUCUCGCUCUGUUUUUCUUUUACCUCUUUGCAUGGACUUGCUUGUCAAUUACGUCGGUCAUUGUCGUCGCACAUGAGCCCCCUCCCUCCCCUGGCCUGCACCUUCUCUACUUCCGAAACCGACGAUCGGCAGACAGUCGAACAUGACCAACGACAAGCAGUCAUGGUUCCGUGGCGUUCGGAGCAGUAAGUUUCGGCACGUUUACGGUGUACCAGCGAAACGCGACAAAUGCUACGACAAUAUAAAAAUCACAAAAAACGCCCACGAUUCACAGUUCUGUGCGGUCAAUCCGAAGUUCCUCGCAAUCGUAACAGAGGUCGCGGGAGGCGGUGCGUUCAUAGUUCUACCGUUGGAUCACACUGGUAGAUUGGACUUCAACGCAAACAGGGUCACCGGGCACACAGGACCCGUUCUCGAUAUCAAGUGGAACCCGUUCAACGACAACGUAAUCGCCUCUUGCUCCGACGAUUGCACCGUGAAAUUAUGGCAUAUACCAGACGGCGGACUUUCCAGAAACUUGACAGACUGGCUCGUCGAAUUGCAGGGCCACAAGAGAAGAGUGGCCUACAUAGAGUGGCAUCCCGUAGCCGAGAACGUCUUGUUCAGCGCUGGUUUCGACCAUCUCGUUAUCGUAUGGGAUAUCAAUCGUGGCGAGGCAAUAAGCGUCAUCGAUCGGCAUCCUGACGUUAUUUAUAGUAUGUCAUUGAAUCGCGAUGGCAGUCUAUUAGCAACUACUUGCAAGGACAAGAAGUUGAGGAUCUUCGAACCUCGUUCGGGACUCGUAGUUGAGGAAGGCACGUGUCACGCUGGAACGAAAGCAAGCAAAGUCGUUUUUCUCGGAGGCUCUGGGCGUUUACUGACUACCGGUUUUAGCAGGCACUCCGAUCGUCAAUAUGCCGUUUGGAGUCAGCUUGAUCUUUCCGCACCUCUUACAUGCGAGACAAUCGAUUCUUCGAGUGGUAUUGUCUUUCCCUAUUGCGACAACGAUACCAACAUGGUUUACUUAGCUGGAAAGGGUGACGGAAACAUCCGUUACUACGAGGUCGUAAACGAAGCGCCAUGGCUGCACUAUUUGAGUCAGUUUAUAUCAGGAAAUCCUCAGAGAGGAUUGGGAGUGAUGCCGAAGCGCGGCAUCAACACAUCCGCUUGUGAAGUUUUCAGGUUUUAUAAGCUCCAUGCGACUCGAGGAAUGUGCGAACCGAUUUCAAUGAUAGUGCCGAGAAAAAGCGAUCAGUUCCAAGAGGAUUUAUACCCCGACACGGUGGGAACAACGCCAGGACUCUCGGCUAAAGAUUGGAUCAGUGGAAUGAACAGUCCACCGAUUUUAAUAUCUCUCAAAACAGGUGGCGGAAUAACAACGCACAAGCCCCGUGUUUACAAGCCAGGUCAACUUACGGGGUCGACGAAAAAUCAAAAUGGUUGUGAUGUCAACACUAAAAAGAAAUUCGCAUUCUUGUCGACUGAGACUGUACCUGAUUAUCGAUCCGUCGAUUUGUUGGAUAUUUCGGAAAAGAGUCAAAAAACAUCGAGCAAUCAAAGCACCAAAAUUCAUCAGUUGCAACAGCGAUUUGGUCACGUGAGCAUUCAGCCAUCAAGAUGUAGCACCCAAUUCUAUGAGCUCGUUUGCAAGUUCGGAACGUAUUCCCAUUAUUACAACAAGAACAAUAUCGUCAGCACGACCAUGAACGACAAUAAAGUCCUGGAAUCCGUCGAUAUUCCAAACAACGAGGCUGAAUUGAGGCUCGCUUAUGCUCGUCAAACGGACGAACUCAGACUGGUUCGACGUCAACUUGCCAACAGUCAAUUACGCGUCAAGGAACUUGAAGAACAACUGAGAAAAGCUCAGAGUCAUUAAGCUUCGUGAUGGUGUGUGCUUGACAGUUUUUGUCACAUCGCAAAACUAAAGUUUUUCAUAACGAACAUAACGAAAAUUCUACGCCACACACGUAUAAAGAAACGAUGAAUUUUUGUCGUUUUAUUGGCAUCAGCUUAAAAAGUAUUAUCGUGUUUAUAUUCAACGCGAAAUUUCCGCAACGCCUUUUGGUUGACAGAAUGAACAAAAAAUACGUUAAUUAUGCUUCGUAAUGCAAUUAAUGCGAGAGUGCUCGAAUAAUCGAUGCUCAUGAGUAGCGCGGAUUAUAUUUUUUUUCGAGUUUAAUCAAUUUGUCUCGCUUGGAACGAUCGAUCAAUUUUUCAUGAGCCUUGACCAAGAAAAUUCUGUGAUUUCAUUCCUGUAUUCUCGUAUCUUCUCACUAUUUGUUUCUUUCCUCAUUCAUCAUUUUUUCGUUAUUAUAAAAAUCUCUUGGAAGGAGCAAAAGUAUUGGAAAAACUUUUUGUUUUGUUCAUUGACUUUGUUACAAUUGUGUUAGAGAAUAAUUUUUCGAUUGUACUAUAAUCAUGUGAACUUGAGACAUCAUUUGUUGUAUAAACGCACAAUAAUUAUGUACCGGGUAAAAUUUAUGCGUUGCACAGUCAAAAAAACGUUCUCCCGAGCAAGUGUAUCGAGCAGAGAAGUCAAUUCCGCGUACCAAUCAUUUCUUCAGUUCGAAGAGGAUUUUCAGUGGGAAUCUUCGCAAUGCUCGACGGGCCCGAAAAUCGUACGUUAAUUAAACUAUCAAAAAAAUCGUAUUCGUAUGGAUAGGAAGAAGAAAAAAGUUUAGAAAUUCCAUGAAAACGAGCGUAGUGAAAAUGUUCUACAAAUAUUCGCUAAUGCAUGGAGGAUUAUCCUCCAGGACUGGAAAAUAUUUAUGAAAUUAUUUGUACGAUAUUUAUAUGUAUUUUCAUACCUCAUUCAUCCCAGAUCUUUGCAAAAGUAUCGUGACGCUUAAGAAAAAGACAAUCUUGGAUGAACGUCAACAAAAAAAAAUAAAAAUAUAACGAAGCAGUUGAAUAACGAGUAAAAAGUGAUAUUGUUCGCUAGCGAACGAUCUUUGCUACUCUCUAGGUAUAGCACUCGUACAACACUCGCUGUCACUCCGUUUGAGCGUGUUCAGCGUGCUUUUGGAGUAACGAAAAACCACAAAACGAAAUAAUUCGAAAACUGCCUUUUUCCCCCAGAUUUCCUACGAACAGAGCGACCCUAAAAAGAGGAGUGUGCCAGGAACUUAGUAAAAGUGAUCGCACCGAGUUGCCAAUAACACGAGAGAAAAUAUUUAUACGUAGCAUAUUUUUAUUAAAAAAAACGAAUAGCCCCUCUGUUCUUUCCCAUUUUCGUUUGAUUUCUACAAAUAUCAUGCGAACCUUUGGCGUGCUUAUCGCGUACAUAAAUUUUCGUAUUCCGCUCGGAAACAACGGAACAAAAUCGUCUUUACGUUUCGCUUGUUCAAUCUCAUUCCACACAAAUUCAUACUAGUGGUGCGCUACCAAUAUUGCAAUGUCAAUAUCAUUCGUUUGAAAAGGCAAGUUAAACGAUCUAUAUCUAUAUACAUUCACAUACAUAAAUAUAUGUAUAAAUCUUUACGAAAUAUUAAAUGAACAAAUCGUUGGUCGAUAUACCUUAAGAUUGCCUUCAAUACAUAUGCGACAUAUAUGUAAUGCCAAAGAUACGUGCUACGCUGAAAUACGAGAUAAUAGUGUAAUUCGAGUGUUAUUUUUGUCCUGGUAAAUCGAAAUAUUGUGCCUGCACACCCCGACACGAACGUAUUAUUGAAAACUAAACGAAAAACAAAUUGAAACAACAAGAAAAAAAGGAAGAAACUACCGGAGUACAUUUUUGAUCGUAAUUCGAAUCUAAGAUGAAUAAUCUUUGUAACGUUAUUUGUAAUCGUAGUGGUAUACACGUCGUAGGAUUGAGAUAUUUGGAGAACUUUUUUAUCUUACUGUAGCUUGUUUAAAUAAACGCAGAAAUAUUAUCGGA